AUGGAAACUAUGAAUGACGAUUUUUACCCGUUAGCAUUGCUAAUGGACGAGUUGAAACACGACGAUGUAUCAAACAGAGUUGAGGCAAUGAAAAAGCUUAGCGACAUUGCUAUCGCUUUGGGUCCAGAAAGAACAUUGAAUGAAUUGCUCCCCUUUUUGGCUGAUGUAGCUCAGGACGACGAAGAGGAGGUUUUUGCUACCAUGGCAGAAAAAUUGGGCGACUUCGUUCCAUUGAUCGGCGGCCAUCAAAACUGUGAACCAUUGAUCCAAAUUUUGGCAGUCUUAGCUGCUAUGGAGGAACCCAUUGUAAGAGAUAAUGCUGUGGAAUCGUUGAAUAAGGUGUCGUUGGAAUUGACAAACGAAGAAUUGUCUAGCAUUUUUUUGGAUUUGAUUCGUUCCUUGAGUCAAGGCGACUGGUUUUCGAAAAAGGUUGCUCUGUGUGGCUUGUACAAGUCUGUCAUCGUCCGCGUUGACUCUGCUACCAGAAGGGACUUGUUGAUUCUUUACUACAAUUUGAUCGCCGAUGAUUCUCCCAUGGUGAGAAGAAGUGCCGCUAGACACUUGCCACUUUUGAUUGAUAAAAUGACACAGUUUUCCCAGCAAAACCCUGAUUCUGCCAACAAAGUUGAUGACAAUGAUUUGGAAAUAAUCUCGAAAAUGUUCCAUCAUUUGAUCAACGAGGCUCAAGACAGCGUGAAACUAUUGAGUAUUGAUGUCUUAGUGUCCAUUUUAGAAUAUUUCCGCCUGGUCAAUGACAUUUCUCAUAACGCAGACUGCUUGGUCAGUGCAUUGAAGUUGAUUAAAGACGAAAGCUGGAGAGUUAGAUACGCUGCGGCUGACAAGUUUAGUAACAUCGCAGUGAACUUCAAGGAACCAGAAGCUGACUUGUUCAGGCUUAUUGAUCCUUUCGUCAGCUUGAUGAAGGAUAAUGAGGGUGAGGUCAGGAAGGCCAUCGCUAAACAAUUGCCUGGCUUCUGUGAGUUGGUCACCGACGUUAAGUUGAUUGAUAGCAAAAUUAUUCCAGUGGUCAACGAAUUAAGUCAAGAUCCACAAGAGAAUGUGAGGGCUUCAUUAGCCUCCACUGUCGCUGGUUUGUCUCCUAUUUUGCCAAAGGAAUGUACCGUUGAAAAAUUGUUACCAAUUUUCCUUAACAUGUUGAAGGAUGAGUUCCCAGAUGUUCGUUUGAAUAUCAUUUCUAAUUUGUCUGUUGUAAACGAGACUAUUGGAAUCAACUCAUUGUCCACAAACUUGCUUCCGGCCAUUACAGAAUUAGCCCAAGAUGGUAAAUGGAGAAUUCGUUUGGCAAUCAUCAAAUACAUUCCUAAAUUGGCUAGCCAGCUAGGUGAGCCAUUCUUCAACAAUGAAUUGUUGUCAUUAUGCAUGUCAUGGUUAUGGGAUCCAGUUUUUGCCGUUCGUGAAGCGGCUGUGAACAACUUGAAAGAAUUGACAGAGAUAUUCGGAUCUGAAUGGGCUGAGGCUCAAAUUGUGUCUCGCCUAUUAAACAUCAAAGAUGAAAGAAUUGGUGAAGAAGAUGCUGGAGAACCGGAUCAGGUCGACUUCUCCAAUUUCAUUAUUAGAAUCACUUGUCUCUUUGCUGUUACAGAGUUGGCGCCCGCCUUGAACCAAAAUGUUAUUACAACUAAAAUCUUGCCGUUCAUUUCACAGUUGAUUGCUGAUCCAGUGCCAAAUAUCAGAUUUAACGUUGCGAAGUCAUAUUUGGUAAUCGUUGAGGCAUUACUCACACAUCCAAGCGCUGAAAUCAUCAAGUUAAUCGAAGAGAAAGUAUUGGCGGACUUGAACAUUUUGCUGAAUGAUGAAGAUGUCGACGUCAGAUACUAUGCUAACAAAAGCAUCGACAGCAUCACUGACCUUCUCAAGAAAUGA